CUAUCUUUUAUUUGUCUAUCUAUCUAUCUAUCUAUCUAUCUAUCUAUCUAUCUAUCUAUCUAUCUAUCUAUCUAUGUAUGUAUCUAUCUAUCUAUCUAUCUAUCUAUCUAUGUUUCUUUCGAUCUAUCUUUCUAUUGAUCUAUCUAUCUAUCUUUAUUUAUGUAUAUAUGUAUGUAUGAAUCGUCUGUCUAUUUAUGUAUCUAUAUCUAUCUAUAUAUAUCUCUUUAUCUAUCUAAUGUCUCUAUGUCUCUGUGUCUCUAUGUCUGUAUGUCUCUCUCGCUCUCUAUUUCUCUAUCUAUAUCCAUCAUCUCUAUCUGUCUCUCUAUGUAUGUAUGUAGAUAUGUAUGUCUUUCUAUCUAUGUAUUAUCUCAGUAUCAAUCUUUUUAUCUAUGCAUGUUCUAUCUCUAUGUAUUAUCUAUCUGUCUUUCUAUGUACAUAUCUAUGUAUGCUUCAUAUAUAUAUCUAUCAAUCUAUCUACCUAUCUAUUUAAUCUUUCAUCUAUUAAAUAUGUAUGUAUGUAUAUAUAUGUAUGUAUGUAUGCAUCUAUCUAUCUAUCUAUCUAUGUAUCUAUGUAUCUAUGUAUGUAUGUGCGUAUGUAUGUAUGUAUGUAUGUUUAUAGUUGGAAAGCACCCAUGA